GAUAGACUUUGGAUCUGUUUCGAGUGAAAGAGCUUUUGUCCUACGAGCAAGAGAGAGCUAUGACUUACUGAUUUGGAGAGAAAACUGGCGGUGAUGGCGGUGGUGGUGGCGGGAAGUAUAGAACGUCGGCGCUGAUGGUGGUGGUGGUGGCACCGGCGUUGGCAAUGACGUGGCCAUCUUAGGAUUCCCACUAAUAAAAAGAAAAAACGUUGGGAUGCAUCUGAGCUGGUUCAGUUCUGGGUUGAUUUGAACCGUUGAAUAUUGAGAGAUUGGAUGUAGUAUGCUUAUAAAAGAUGCCAUUAAAGAGUAUGUUCAAGGAGAUUAAGGAUGGGAUUGGGAACAUAUCAAAGAGAGAAGGGGAAAGCAAGCCUUGGCGUAGCCGGACUAGAACCCAUGUUGCUCCUGAUCAGGCACCACGCGAAUCUGAAUUGGCAGAACAGAGCCCGUGGGCGAAUCUACCGACUGAAUUGCUCUUAGAUAUCAUCCAGAGGGUUGAAGGGAGUGAGACAGCUUGGCCUGCUCGAGCUGUUGUUGUUUUUUGUGCUGCAGUUUGUAGGUCUUGGAGGGAAAUUACAAAGGAGAUUGUGAAGACUCCUGAGCAAUGUGGAAUGCUCACAUUUCCCAUCUCAUUGAAGCAGCCGGGUCCUCGUGAGUCCCCAAUUCAAUGCUAUGUUAGAAGGGACAGAGCAACUUCUACAUAUCUUUUGUUCUAUGGUCUAGUGCCUUCUGAGGGAGAGAAUGAUAAAUUGCUGUUGGCAGCAAGAAAACUCAGAAAGGCAACAUGCACAGACUUUAUUGUAUCUUUGGUUGCAGAUGAUUUUUCUAGGGCCAGCAAUACGUAUGUUGGUAAACUAAGGUCUAAUUUUUUAGGUACCAAGUUCACCAUAUAUGACAGCCAACCUCCGUGUGACUCAAUAAUCCCAUCAUAUACCCGAUCAAAUCGUAGAUUUCACUCUAAGCGGGUGUCUCCAAGAUUACCUGCUUGUAACUACAGCAUAGGUACCAUUACCUAUGAGCUCAAUGUUCUGCGAACACGAGGACCAAGGAGAAUGCAUUGCAUUUUGCACUCAAUUCCUGUCUCUGCUGUUCAGGAAGGAGGCAUUACCCCAACAACAUCAGCAUUCCCAAAAUCCUUUGAUGAACAACUUUCUCCCUUACCCGGUUCAAAAGGAAAGGAACCAGUGCUAGACACCAGCUCCCCGAGCCUCCCCGCCACACCAGUAUUCUCCCUGGGCUCAGGAGAUCCAUUAACCCUUAAAAACAAGGCUCCUAGAUGGCAUGAACAGUUACAGUGCUGGUGCCUUAACUUCAAGGGGCGUGUGACAGUGGCCUCUGUUAAGAAUUUCCAGCUUGUUGCAGCUGUUGAGCCGUCACAUAAUGUAUCAUAUGAAGAGCAAGAGAAGUUAAUCUUACAGUUUGGAAAAAUUGGCAAAGACAUCUUCACCAUGGAUUAUCGAUACCCUCUAUCUGCUUUCCAAGCCUUUGCAAUCUGCCUAAGCAGCUUUGACACCAAACCAGCUUGUGAAUGAUCACCACUGAUCGAAGAUGCACAUCAUUGGUGUUGCCAUGGAUUAUUAUUACCCUUCCAUGUUUCCAAGCUUCCGAAAUUUACCAGAGCAGCUUUAUCCCAAAUUGGCCUGUGAAUGAUAGCAUGUUUAUAAGAGAUACACAUCUUUCUCCUCUGGAAUGCUUCCUGUAUUAUGUUCUAAUGGAAGUUUUUCUAGCUCGGCUAUUGCUGGCUAAUUCUUAGCUGUUAGGUGCAAGGCUUUUCUGAUCAUGCAAUCUGACUCGUAUGUUGUUUGAUCAUACCUUAGAAUCAAAACGAAAUUAACCGCGAUUUACCUAUAUCUAAUAUUAUUUUUCAUUAAGCAUGCAUGCUUGAUGUAAUACUUAGGCACUUCUUUACUUGACACAUACUCCGCUCGUACUUACUUGUUGCUUUAGCAUGUCUUGGUCAAAGUUCAGCUCUCAUUACUCGUGAUGCUUGCUUUUCCUCGAUCAAGUAAUGGUAGUUGCAAUUAUUUCCCUUAAAUUAAAAGUAUCGUCCCAGCCAAAGCCACACCCGAAGGGGAAAGGAAUCAAGGCCUUCACCAACUUGUAAGAUCCGUAGUAACAAUAGCAGAUGUAUGACCUGAAUAUUCACGUGGUGAUAUAUAUAGAAUCAGCUGCCCCACUAAAGCAAUACCAAGAGCAGCUUCUAGAAAACGAGUUAC